UAAGAGUAAGUGUUCAUUCUGACCUAGGCGCACUCCAUCUACCAGACAGACAAACCUGUUUGGCCCGAAAGUCCGAGUCGCUGGCGUGUCUCCCUGUAGCGGCCGUAUCACAGCUCACGCCUCCCAUCCAUCCAAGCAUCAAUCAACAACUCAUGGACAGUUAGUCGGCUAUUCAGCCCGGCUCUCCGCUCUCGGUAACACGGUCAAUAAAGUCUCACAUGACUCUGCCUGUGUCGCCAGCCCUGGUCCUGGUCUGCAAUCCAACCCACCACUAUCGGUAUACCUACUGGCCGUCUGGCGCGACGCGGCUGUCGCUGUGUCAAGCGCCCCAAUCAUUCGCGAUAUCGUCACCUCUACAUCGUCCCGAAUCGCCGGGGACCCCAGACGCCGACGCUCGAUUUGAGCUUAAUCUCCUCCCCCCGGAGAAUUUAAGCUUCGACGUCCGUCGACCCCUCCAGGUCUAGAUGCAUGCAUACCUGUAUGUAACCCAGCUGCUGGUAUCCCGGCCAUCCAGCAGCAUCUGCAUCUGCCGGCCACAUGAGAAUGAUUUAGGGUCCAUGGUCCUCUUCUACGGCACGGCCGCGAAUCCCACCAAUCCGCCGUCCCCAUCCCGAUAUUGUGGUUCCGAACCUUGGCCUUGCGAUCCGGUGCACGCCGGGGUUUGUUUUGACAGCUGGUGUGCGUUAUUCACCACGAAAGCGACACUGGACAACUGCUACUCCCUUUGGGUUGGGGCCUAUGACGGAUGCCACAGGACAUGAACACCACCACCACCACCUUGCUGAAGACAACUGGAUCUGGAUUGGAGCUACAACGUCGAGGGGGGAUGACGGAGUGACAGCCUUCUGGAUGGCUCGCUUCCACGGGGCUGGCAUGCAUGCAUGAUACAACACUGGGACAAUGGGCCUCGGAAGCGGCGGUCCUGUACCGUCGCUCUCGCGGUCUCUCUCACCUUUAUUCGACUGAUCCGAAAAGCGAUAAAAGCGACCCCUAUGCCUCCCUUCUCGGGAUGACCCAUCAUCCAUCUUCGCCUCUUGAACUCAAGGAAGAACUCCGGACCUACGAACCGCUACGAUGCGCCUCCCACGCCUCCUUUCCGCGCUGACCUCCAUCCUUAUGGCCCUCGCGGCGGCGCCCCUCGCCUCGGCCUUCACGAACCCCAUCCGCCGGCCCGGCGGCUCGGACCCCUUCAUCACGUACUCGGGCGACGGGUACUACUACCUCCUGUCGACGACGUGGUCGACGGUAGAGAUCGCGCGGUCGACGACCAUCGAGGGCCUCAAGACGGCGGCGAGGAAGGUCGUCUACUCGUCGUCCAACGCCUCGCGCUGCUGCAACGUCUGGGCCCCCGAGGUGCACUGGCUGGGCAACCGGUGGUACAUUUACUUCACGGCGGGCGGGAGCGCGAAUCUCGACAACCAGCGGAUGCACGUCUUGAGGGGCGGCACGACCCCGUGGGACUCGUACACCUACGUGGGCCGCAUCGGGCCUGACGAGUGGGCCAUCGACGCCUCGGUGCUGCGCACGCCGCAGCACGGCGAGUUCCUCAUGUACUCGUGCUUCCACGGCGCCGCGUACCAGUCCAUCUGCAUCCAGAAGCUCAACGCCGACUACGUCUCGACCUCAGGCGCCGUCUCGCUCAUCUCGCAGCCCACGCAGGCCUGGGAGCGCGUCUCGCACCCGGUCAACGAGGGGCCCGCGGCGCUCUACUUCGGCGGCCGAACGUACAUCGCCUACAGCGCGAGCUACUGCUGGUCGGCGAGCUACUGCCUCGGGCUGCUGACGUGGGACGGCUCGAGGGUCCCGACGGACCCGGCGGCGUGGGCCAAGGGCGACCGGUGCGUGCUCGGCAGCGGCAACGGGCACUUCGGCACGGGGCACAACAGCUUCUUCAGCAGCCCCGCGGGCGACCAGACGUGGAUCGCGUACCACGCGACCAGCAACGCCGCGGGCGCGUGCGACGACAGCCGGUACACGAUGGUGCAGCUGCUCGGCACGCACAGCAACGGGGCGCCCAACUUUGGGUCGCCGGUCGCCUUCAGCUAUGUGUACAGCGAGCCGCACAAGUGAGCGGGUUGUGGUUGUGAUUGUGGUUGUGGUUGUGGUUGUGGUUGUGGUUGUUGAGGAGAGGGUGGCGCCCGGCCGGUGUGAGCCUUGUUAUACUCUCCAGGGACAUUCAACUGU